CUACAUACAUUCAUAACUCAUUCCACCAUGUUUCUCAUUGGAUACAUAUCAAAUGAUCUCUUAGGGUUUCUGAUCAGCCAGUACCGUUUCAUCCUGCCGGUGGCCGUCAUGGUGGGUUUAACCCUAAUUGCUUUUAUGUUAAGUCUUUUCGCCUUUGGCUCUUCUCCUAAAAUUUUCUUGGUAGAUUUUGCAUGCUACAAACCUCCCAACUCUUUGGCAUGCUCUAAGGAAAUGGUGAUUGAGAGGUUGAGGUUGCAUGGGGAUUUCUCCGACAAGAGUCUGGAAUUCAUGAAGAAAAUAAUGAAGGCGUCGGGAUUAGGUGAGGCUACGUACUUGUCGGAGGGACUGCUCAAGGAACCGCUGGAUACGUCGACGAAAGCGGCGAGAAAGGAGGCAGAGAUGGUGGUGUUCGGAGCUGUGGAUGAGUUACUGGGCAAGACUGGGGUGAAGGGUGAGGAGAUAGGGAUAGUGGUGGUGCAUAGCAGUAUUUUUAACACUGUUCCAUCUCUGGCUUCCAUGAUUGUGAAUAGAUAUAAGCUUGGUGAGAAUGUUUUGAGCUACAAUCUUAGUGGAAUGGGAUGCAGUGCUGGACUCUUAUCCAUUGGGCUCGCCAAAAACCUUCUCAAGGUGCAUCGUAAUUUGUAUGCACUAGUGGUGACUAUAGAGAUUAUCACUCAAGGUUGCUACAUGGGAAAUGAACCACCAAAGCUCAUCGGCAAUUGCAUUUUCCGCAUGGGUGGCGUCGCUGUUCUCCUCUCCAACCGUUCGUCCAAUCGUGUCGGCUCCAAGUACCAACUCAUCCACACCGUCCACACCAACACCGCAAGUUCUGACCGUUCAUACAAUUGCAUCAUCCAAGAAGAGGACCAUGAGGGCCACAUGGGUAUCACCAUCACCAAAGAUCUCUUGGUCGUGGCCUCCGAGAUCAUUAAAUCUAAUAUAGCCACACUGGCUCCCCUUAUUCUCCCCACGUCAGAACGAUUUCUCUAUCUUGUCAACUAUUUAAUUAGGUAUUUCCAUAUGGCAAACAUCGAGCCGUACGUGCCAAGUUUCAAGCAUGCAAUGGAUCAUUUCUUCCCUCACGUGGGUGGAAAGCCAAUACUGGACCAAGUAGAAAAGAACUUGAGGAUGAGUGUGAGGCAAAUGGAAGCUUCUAGAAUGACCUUUUAUAAGUUUGGAAAUACAUCGAGUAGUUCAGUGUGGUAUGAAUUAGCCUAUGCAGAGGCCAAGGGUAGGAUCAAGAGGGGUGAUCGUGUGUGGCAAAUUGCAUAUGGGUCUGGCUUUAAAUGUAGUAGUGCGUUUUGGAAAGCCAUCAGGACUAUUGAUCGUGAGAAAAUGAACCCCUGGAGCGAUGUGAUUGAUGAGUUUCCAGUGGUGGACUUGUACCCGCAUAGCACUGAAACAUCUCUUUACACUUUUGAAUCAACAAAAUCAAAGUGAUUAUGAUCAUUGGAUCUCUUGGGCUGAUUACUAUUUGCAUGUUGGGCUUCAAACCCAUUAAUAAGAAAUAAAGAAUGAGUUAUUGUAAUUCAUUUAAGUAA